AUGCAUCACGGAAAAACUCAAAUAUAUCUCGUAGUUUACGUUGACGACAUCCUACUCACCGACAACGAUCCUAAGGCCAUUUCGGAGCUUCUCCAGAAACUGCACUCAAGAUUCACCAUGAAGAAUUUGGGCUUGGCAAAUCACUUUCUUGGAAUUAAAAUCACAUCCACUACAGAUAAGUACCAUCUAUCGCAAAGCUCCUAUGCUAGUUCAAUUCUACAGCUAGCGAAUCUCACACAUUGUAAUCACCUCGCUAACCCUUCUUGCACUAAAAUCACGUCUCCAACAGUUGAAGAUCAACCUUGCUUCAACCAAGGAACCUACCGGCAACUCAUUGGAUCACUUCAAUACUUGAUGCUGACUCGGCCAGAUAUCACGUUCACAGUCAACAUGCUUUCACAGCAUAUGCACGAUCCUGCCGCCAUUCAUGCAUACAUGUUAAAGCGUCUCCUUCAUUACAUAAAGGGGAAAAUCGAUCUCGGUAUUCCUAUCACGAGAUCAACUCUUAUCCUCCGAACUUUCUCGGACGCCGACUGGGUGGCCGAUCCGAUCUCCAGAAAAUCAAUUUUCGGGUUUUGUACGUUUCUCGGCGACACUCUUGUUUCUUGGACAGUCAAGAAACAAACCACAGUCUUCAGAUCCUCAACCAAAUCAGAAUACAGGGCACUCACAGCUGCCAUGGCCAACACCAUAUGGAUCAAACGGCUACUCUCAAACUUCUCCGUUCAGCACGGCACACCGAUAGACAUUUCUUGCGAUAAUGUUGCAACCCUUUCAGAGAAGAAAUAUGAUACAAAGAUCGAGGAGAUUAGCACACUCUCGGAUUUCCAGUCACGAAUUCAGCAAUACAUGGUGAUCUCGGAUAAACUUCUGAUCAAUUUCGAUGUGUUUGGUGCGUGCGUGAAAGACAUGAUUGUUGGCCAGUGCGAUAACAGAGGUGUUGUCGCAGAACAUAUCGGUGGGAACUUGUUGCAAGAAGCCAAAAUCGGAUAG